CACAGUCGAUAAUCUUACAAUAGUAUUACAUGCCUACCCAACUUCAGCGUUUAGCGUUGAUUACAUAGAAGAUAGGUUACUUUCGGGUAGGAGUGGCGAGUAAAUGGCCGCUAUAGAUGUCGCCCUGGAGGACACUGCGGAAGAUGGAGACCCUCGAGACCAGCUGACACGAAGUCCAAAUGACGCGUCGGAUGUCGCGGCUCUCGCGACGUGUCUCCACGAUGUGCUGGACGGGGACGAUGAACGGGUAGAUGCUGUGCGUCGUCAAUUCGAAGAAGUUCUCGGCGUCUACUCCGUUGGUGAAGCAUGGGAACUGUUCCGAGAGGAUUUCCAGCUCUCCCCGCUUCGCGCCGCCAUGGCACUGAGAGGGAAUGUACCGGGCCUUACCGUCUCGGACGCGAAAUCCCUCUUGUUCAAGAUCAAAACGGCAUCGGAGGGGGCCGUGGAGGAUCAGGGACACAGGGACGCGGAGACUGGCACCGUCGAGGACGCGGCGGAACUGUGGUCCCGAUGAGUGCACCAGCCGGCAUCACCGAAGCAGAGGAUGUGCCACCCCGCGUCAAGUCGCGUGGUGCUACUGGCGAGUUCAAAACAAACUGGUCAGAGCUUGGCGGUAUAGACCCAUAUGCAUGCUGCAUCAGCGGCGGCAUCAGGGGGUGGUUCAUCGGUGCUAAGACUGGCAACAUCGAGAAUAUUAUCAACCACGUCAAAACACGCCAGCACAUGAUGGCGUGCAAGCAAGAGACACAGCGGCUCAGCCAGCAGGGUGGCCUUGUCGCGCGGCCCAUGCCACCACCUGGAGUGCGAGACGUCAGCUGUGCCUGGCCACCUGACAUGCGCAUGCAUCUAUAUGGCAUGUCGGACGAGGCGGCAGAGGAGGAGUAUCAGCGCCUCUACAGCCAGUUUCAGCACAGGCGCACACGUCGGCGAGAGCAGCAGCCCAAUGCCUUAGACAGUGGGCGCCGCAUCUUACCGCGCACUUCACCCACUCCUGCACCUGGAGCGCGCACCGUUGGUCCCAACAUGGAUCCGGAGGCACAGCGCAUCGUCAGCCCCGACGUGGCGACAUGGAUAUCAGCGAUAGCGAGUCUGCUGCUGUGUCACCAUGGGAGGCGCGAUGGAAGGCAGAUCUUUCAAGCAAAUCUUUGGCUCUCUUACCUCGCGGACGCCGCCCUUGCGCGGCAUCAGCUGAACAUCUAG